UCCUAUCUCACUUCCCACCAGCGGUUAAAGGUCAAGCCACUUCCUUAGCAAACACCGUUUGCUACACCAAGGCAAGCCAAACGUUUCACCCGCCCUUAACCAGCUCACCCAUCAUGUCUAACCCCAACAACCAACGGAACUCUACGUCCACCUCCAAUCCAACUGUUUCUCCUACCGUGAAUGUUAAUGGUGGAACCCAGAACAACUCCUCUAACAACCCGCCACAACGUUCUCCCGAGCCUUCAACUCCCGCGAAUACUCUUUUGCAACGAAUGACGGAUGGCGAUAGGAGGGGGGUGGGUUUGGAGGCGCGUCCUACAGACAAAUAGGAGCUUCGCUGGACAAUUAUAAGGACGCUUGAGCAUGGCGACAGGAGACUUUAUCACGUUCGUAGGCAAUAAAGG